AUGAGAUUCACACCAGCAGAAGAUCGCAAAGCUCCUGCGGCUGUGGAGAUUGCUCUGGCUCUAAGAACACACGAGCUGGCGCCUGAGAGAUCGAGAAUGCUUCACAGCGCGACGAUGCCUUGUGGUUUCCAGCUACUGCGUGUUCAAGGCUUGCUCGACUGGGCAAACGCUGGGUGCGUGCGAAUUUGUGAUGUGAUAAAGGUGAUUCGUGCUUUGGUGUUCUUACGUAUAAGGAUUCUUUUGUUUGCGAUCCUCUCAAACUAUAUGGUGGACAUCGAGUGGCUGCUCUCCGCUUGCCCGCUUUUGAGGACGAUCCUGCAAGUGGUGAUGAUUCACGGAGAGAGCAACGUUUCACAAUUGCAGUCUGUGAAGCCAAGUAACCGGCUCCUCUUCAAGCCGAGAUUAUGGAUCGCAUAUGGAACACCCCAUUCCCUACUUGUCUAUCCAACUGGUGUCCAGGUUGUUGUGCACACUGCAAAUCUCAUCAAUAUCGAUUGGAAUAACAAGAAUCAAGGCCUGUGGAUGCAAGAUUUUCCUUUCAAAAGUAAGACGGGCGCAUCAGACUUUGAAAACGAUCUGGUGGACUAUUUGACGGCUCUUGAGAUGUCCAACACCAUGGAAAGAUGAAGAUCAACGUAGGCCACUUCCGAAACUUUUAUUUCAGCAAUGCUGCAGUAUGUAAUGAUUUUGCACUUUCAAAUGAAUGAAAUUGACAUGC